AUGGACCGAGCGACUCACGUUAUCGACCCAGACGGCGAAGUUAUGAUAGUUCUACAAAAUCCAAAUGCCCCUUUUGCAGAACUAGGUGAAGCUCUGACCAGCGACAAUCUUGCAUAUACCCUUCCCGGACCAAGCGAUGAAAUCCAGAACUCGGCCGAAGGGAUAGAAGCUUUGAGAAAUGAGCCGACUAAAGCGCCCAAAAAGAGGAAGAAGAAAAAGAAGAAAGUGUCUACUUCUGGAGGGCGUGCUGUCCACAUUCCAUCCGAACCUAUUCACCUGUCAAUUGAAGAGUCUGCUCCUGGAUGGCCCGCGGCCGAAGCACCCGUCGCAGAGCCCGCUGAACAUCCUGCUGAAGAACCCGCUGAAGAACCCGCUGAAGAACCCGCUGAAGAACCCGCUGAAGAAGCCGCUGAAGAACCCGCUGAAGAACCCGGCGAAGGGCCCGUUGUGGAGGAAAACUGCUUCCGCAUCCUAGUCUCCGCGAAACAUUUGAUCCUCGCCUCCUCAGUCUUCAAGAAAAUACUCACUGGUGGGUGGAAAGAAAGCAUUACCUAUCUACGAAAAGGCUCGGUUGAGAUCAGUGCAGAUAGCUGGGAUAUCGACGCGCUCUUAAUUAUGCUUCGCAUUAUACAUUGUCAGUCCCAUCAAAUACCGCGUAAACUGACACUUGAGAUGCUCGCGAAAGUUGCUGUUUUGGCCGACUACUACGACUGCAGGAAGGCUGUGAUCUUUUUCGCAGAUACAUGGAUCAACGCUCUGGACGAAACUAUUCCCGCAACAUAUUCCAGGGACUUGAUCCUCUGGUUAUGGGUUGCCUGGUAUUUCCACCACCCCGCCAACUUCAAAGAAGCCACCUCAACUGCCAUGUCUUUAAGUAACGGCUGGAUUGGUAAUCUCGGACUCCCAAUUCCCGAAAAAAUCAUUAGAUCGAUGAAUGAUAAAAGACAGGGAGCGAUCGCUGGCCUAAUCUUUCAACUUGAGGAAACGCGCGAUGAACUCCAAAACGGCAGUAAAGGAUGUGGCUUCGAAUGCAGCUCAAUCAUGUAUGGGGCACUGACAAAAGAAAUGCAUUUGAACGCUCUGCUCUCGCUGAGGCCUGUAGCUCCUUUCCCGGAUCUGAACUACAGAUCCCUCGUGCAAAAAGUGUUAUCAUUCAGAUCGCCGGUAUGGUACGGUCAAUUUUCGUAUUAUUCCAGUUACCAACACAAUUGUCAAUAUUCCACAUUCAAACUGCUUUUUGACGUGUUGGAAGAUACCAUUGAAGGCCAUGACCUGAAGGAUUCUAUCAAGGUGUAG